AAAAGUGAAAAAUGUUUUGUUUAGCCACUCGAACAUGGAAUGGUCUAUCCAGAAUCGCUUUACAAAUAUCAGUAGAGGGUGGACUUUUUAUGAAGGCUCCUAAGAUAAGGUUGCUUCCCGCUUUAAAUUUGGUUCGUUUAUAUCACAGAAUAUAUCUCAGCGAAGAUGACUUAGAAGAAAAUUUCAUCAAGGGUUGGGGACCAGGAGGUCAGAAGGUCAACAAAAGUAGUAACUGUGUUCAACUUCUCCACAAACCCACUGGUAUCAUAGUAAAGUGCCACAAGAGUCGCUCACUUGCAAGAAACAGAGUGAUUUCAAGAGAAAUUCUGAAAGAAAAACUUGACUUGCUUUACAAUGAAAAGGACAGUGCUGUUGCAAAGAAUAUUGCAAAGACAAGGAAAAGGAAAGCAAAAUAUGCAAGGAAAAGAAGGCAGCAAGAGGAAGCCCAUGCUAAAGGUUCACAAAACAUAGAUCAGAGUCCAUCAGAUUUGGAUAAAAGAUGAAAAGUAGUAUAUUUGUCCAGAAGCCACAGAAAGAACUUCACUAAGAAUUUAGAGAAUAAUAUUACUAACACUAACAAUGACCCUGUUUAUCUUCAGUUGGUGAAAAAGCCCCUUUUUCUUUUGAGCAAUUGACUGUCUCCUAGAGUACAUGUGCACCAGAUCCUGUAUACUGGUAGUUUAAGAACAAAAGUGGGGUAAGAAUAUCUUAAAACUACAGUGAACCUUGCAGGCCCACAGAUUGGGGGUGCAAGGGGUGCACAUGCAUCCCCUUAGAGGCCCCUAUUUACUUGAUACUGGUGAUUCUAAAGGAAGUAAGUUAGUAUAGAAAAGGUAAAAGCAAAUAACUGUAGUACUUGCAUCCUGACUUGCUUAUUAUGUAGUUUGAAAUGGAAACUAAUUUAAUGAACCACCUUCUGAGUCUAAAACACAGGAAGUUCAGUCUCAGACAACCCAAAUUUUUCAAAAUUUCAGGUGACCAUGCUCUUAAACCCCCAUAGAAUCUUUUGCGUCCAGCACUUAACGCUUCAUGCCUUUGGCCCUCAAACACACACUGUGCAAAAAUCUGUCUCUGAGUCUACCUUGUUUUACAUGUUGCUAACUGGAACCUUAUUGUUGCAUAAUACAGUGGCUGAGAUUGGUACUGGUAAAUUGCACAAUGAUUGCAACUUAUCUUCUCAGUCUGUCACAACAUCAACUUUAUUAAGUGACGUGUUGGGGGCAUCGUUUAUGUUGUGCUUGUUCUUUAAGGUGGAUAUUUGCAGAGUUGGCCAAAAAUGUUUUGGAGACAAAGAAAUGGGUUUUGCCUAUUGUACUUUGUGGUUCAAUGUAACAAAUAAACAGAUGUCUCUUUUGUACAAUAUACAAUAUGAAAUGCAGUGAACUUCCUGUGAUUAUAAAAUACCUCGAUAAAUGCAAAGAGAUAAAUGAAGCCGAAUAUGGGACAACUGCUUAAGGCAGGGUGUCCACUUGUACAGGUCUCACUUUGGUUUGAUUUGUACUUUAACAAGUUCUAGAUUCAUAGCAUGACUCCCAAGACCAAGAAAGAAACAAAUUGUGCUGAAAUCAUUUUAAGCUAGAACAUACCUACUAGCUAACUGUAAGCUAAAAGUUGUUGGGGGAAAAGUGGGUAAAAUGGCCUAUUGCAAUUCAGGGAUGUUCCAAUAUUUUUUUGGUUUAUAUUUGGCACUUCCAAAAGGACUCGUGACCCCUGUUAAAGAACUCAUACAUCCAUGGGACACAAACCUAGUUCUUGAGACUGAAAAUGGUCUCUAAUUCUUUGUAUCUGUUAUCUCAAUGAAAAGAGACAUCUAUUGCAAUAAGGGGUAAUUGAAAAUGUACUGCAAUACUAUAAUUAAACUUGAGCAACUUACUGUAUUUGAUUUGUUUAGAAUGGCUGAUAAGAAUUCUAUCGUUCAUCACACAAUCUUCAGGUUUUUUUCAUUUCCAAAUACAUCAAAAAUUACUUACCGUGAAAUGUGACCAAGACAGAACCUCCUGUCACAGAAUCAGUACAAUAUCAGGCAGAAAAGUGAGGACAAUAAAGAAAUUAUCGAUUAAGGGAUUCCACCAUCAAAUAAAUUGUAUGGCAGAUAGAAAGGAGAGUUACUAAUGAGUUCUUGGGAGUGAAAGAGUUAAGGUGUGUAAACUAAAAAGAACAAAGUUAGAGAUUGUUUUUUAACAUCAUUUUCAGUUCUCUUGCGAGAGAGAGUUGGAAAAUGAACAAUUUAAUAAUCAGAAAAGAAUAGUUAUAUUAGUCAUGUAACUCAGUCCAGGUCUGUUUUAGUUUGAAACAAAUACUUUCUUAAGUAUUAUUGCCAUGAAUAGCAGAACAACUUCUAAUGCAUCAUGCAGUCUAAAAUUGGCAGCAAACCAUCAACACACUCUUGAACUCUGGCAAUUUAAUACAUGUACAUCUCUUAACAAUAAAUAAAGGUGUCCUUUACA